GCAAGCCUGACUGAAAAUGCUUUUCUUCGCCGCUCUAGCUUCAACUUUUAUGCUGUCAGCUUCGGCCGCAACCGUCAAUGUCUCCCAGGAUCUUCCAGUUGUAGACUUGGGUUACCAGCUCCAUCGCGCCAUUAGUCUUAAUGCAAUAGGCUACUAUAACUUCUCCAAUAUCCGAUACGCGGCGCCUCCGGUAGGGGAGCUGCGCUUCAGAGCCCCAAGCCCACCCGUCACCAAUCGUUCUAUCAUUCAGAACGGUAACCAAGGACAUAUAUGCCCUCAAGGUCUUCCUGCUUGGCAGAUCAAAGCCGCGGAAUGGGCGUUGCCCUACAUCGUGGAUGGCAAAGUCCCUUCCAAUUACUCCUACUCACUCACGUCCCCUUCUAAUGCCACCAUUUCGGAUGUUCGAGACUCGCGCGAGACUGAAGACUGUCUUUUUCUGGAUGUAAUGGUCCCUAAAAAGGUCUUUGAAGGCAGAAAUAAGGGCAUGAGGGCACCGGUACUGGUCUGUAUCUACGGUGGUGGCUAUACCAACGGCGAGAAAGGCUCGGUUGACCCGACAGGCAUAUUGGCUCGCAGCCAAACCCACUCAGCAACUGGUGUGAUCUAUGUUGCCAUGAAUUACCGAACCGGCGCGUUCGGGUUCCUCUCGGGGCCUACCUUUCAGGAAGAUGGAACGGCGAAUGCUGGCCUGUAUGAUCAGAGGAUGGCGCUUGAGUGGAUUCAGACAUACAUUCACCUGUUCGGCGGCGACAGGAACAGGGUGACUGUAUUCGGUGGUUCAGCCGGGGCCGGAUCUCUCAUCCACCAAGUCGUGGCGUUUGGUGGCAGCCAGCGGGCCCCUUUUCAACAAGCAGUUCCUCAGUCCCCGGGCUGGCCGAAUAGCCCAACCCUCUUUGCUCAAGAAGAGACUUUUAACGACUUCUUAGCACAGGCGGGCGUCAGCAGCCUGGCUGAGCUGCGGCAAAUGCCAUCCAGCAAUUUAAUUCACGCCAACGCCCUCCAGAUCGCCCGUGCCCCGUACAGCUCCUUUAUUUACGGACCAGUAAUUGACGGCAAGUUCGUCACUUAAGAUCCACGCGUUCUACUGAACCACGAUCAGUAUUUCAAGG